UACAACUACUUCUUCCACUUCUAGUACCUUGCUAUCAAGUUGCUGUUGGACAAGACCUGAUCGCGUCUCUGCCGCCGACGUGCUCAGCGAUUACGAGAAGCAGCGCGCAGACCUUGGGCGGCGCCUUCAAGGCGACGUCUCAAAGAUGAAGUUAGAGAACUCAGACGAAGAAAAAGCGAAACUGCAGUCGGCGAACAAACAAGGCCCAAGUCGUGCAGUUCUUCAUGACUUCCUCAAUCAUUUGCCCGCGCGAUUUCCCGAGAAAGACAAAAAGGCGAUGGCAAUUGUCUUGGACUUUAUGGCACUGCGAAGUCGCGGCGGGAGAUAUAAUCUAGGCCGUGAAUUCUUCGACCAGCUGCAACUCGAUACGAGAAGGGCGCUCGGGGUCGUGGAUGGAGAAGCGACAGGUAGCGCCGUCGAGAAUCUUGAGGGCCCGUGUUUGUCAGGGGUGUCGAGAGCGGACAGUUUUCAGCAGCAGAAGAAUGAAGAGGCUAGAACCGGACGGGGCUUGUCUUCGCGACGGUCUUCGGCGGUUGAUACUGGGCGCGAACCGAGUAGGGUAGAGGCUUGCCUUGCCGAGAAAAUGCGGGACAUCGACCAGCAGCGCGUGGCGUUCAUCAAGCAACGAGAUGACAGCGACAGGAUUGCCCAUCGAGUUUAUUGCUUGCUAAUGCUUUACUUGGUCCCCUUUCGCCGGUGGCAGCUCCGCUCCCCGAAGCAGAAGCGGGACAACAAAGAGCAAAACACAACGAAGACGCUAGCGAACGAGCUGCGGACUCUCUUGUGUGUCCCUUACCAAAUUUUUCCGCGGGAGUUGUUCCGUCUCAAGCUGUGCGCAGCGCACAAGGUGGCGCGACGCAGCUCAGCGCUGUCGCAGCAGUACGACGGCCGAAAG